CGACUUGUCCCCCCACCAAAAAAAAGAGAGGCCACUGUAACAAUUAGUUCCGCUUUCCCGGAUACUCGAAUCCAUGGUGGACCUCCGGAAUCCUAAUCUCGUAUUGUUCUCAGACAGAGAUUUGCCUAACCAGUACUUCCUAACUCCCGGUCCUGUGCACCAAUGAGGUGUGACUCUUACGAUUCUUUCCCGAGUGGAAAUUUGGACGUCAAUUACUGUUUCCGGGGGGAGCUAAGGCGGCAACGCUUACUUCCGGCAGAGGAAGGCUGUCUGACCCGGGAUGGAAGAGGCGGAGGAGCUGCUCUUGGAGAGGGAGAGACUGCAGUUCACCCCCGAUCCGCUCCUCGGCCGGGACUCAGGAUGGAGCCCUUCCGGAGAAGGUUGUGCACAGGGACUCAAAGACUUACUUCCUGGGACGACCCGAGCCAUCCUCAGUCUAAAGAGCCUCCCCCGGGGCUUGGCCCUUGGCCCCUCACUCGCCGUGGAGCGGUGCUUUGGGAUCUGGUGUGUCGGGGAAUCCUUGCAGCCGGGACUGCUCUGGGGGCCACUGGAAGAAGAGUCUGCCUCGGGGCAGAAGGGCGAUGGAGUGAAAACGAAACAGGAGGACGUGUCACUAGGCCUGUGGGGAGACGUGUGUGCUUGUGAGCAGAGUUCAGGCUGGACCAGUUUGGUGCAGAGAGCCAAGCUGGAGGGUGAGGGGAACGUGGCCCCGGUGCGGAUCAGCGAGAAGCUCCACCUGCAGGUGUACCGAGUUGUGCUGCCAGGUUUUGAGCUGCUGCUGUGGCCCCAGCCUCCCUCUGAGGGCCCAAGCCUCACCCAGCCCAGGCUAGAGGAAGAGGCAGCCAUGGCUGUGACAGAAGUGGAGUGUUCUGUACAACAGGAAGUGGACUUCCCUGGGGAGGAUGCAGCAGAAUCUCGCACAGAUCCUGGUCACCAGUCACCCCUAAGCAUUCAGACAGACAGUAUGGUGAGCCCUGAACUUAAGCCCCAAAACCAGGACCAGGUUUCCAAGGAGAGGCAGCCACUUGGCCCAUCAUCUCAGGAUGGCAGCGUGGACGAGGAGGACCCACCCCAGACACAGAUGUGUCUGGAAGUUCAGAGCAGCUCUGCUCCCCGGCAGGGCCCUGAGAGCAGUGAGGCCUGUUCCUCAUCUUCCGCCACGGACCCACAGCUGCACGCUUGCCUGGUCAAGAAGUUAUGUAGCUCCAGUGAUCAGCGCCCCCCCAGAGCGAAGACCUCAGGGCCCGGCGCUCAGCAGACUGGAGAGCAGCAGCACCCUGGCCUCCCAGCACGUUUGCGGAGCCCUCCUGGUCCAGCAGGAAGCUCCUCAAAACAGGGGCGACGGUACCGCUGUGGGGAGUGUGGCAAGGCCUUUCUGCAGCUGUGCCAUCUGAAGAAGCAUGCGUUCGUGCACACGGGCCACAAGCCCUUCCUUUGCACUGAGUGUGGCAAGAGCUACAGCUCAGAGGAGAGCUUCAAAGCCCACACUCUGGGCCACCGUGGGGUGCGGCCCUUCCCCUGCCCACAGUGUGACAAGGCCUAUGGCACCCGGCGAGACCUCAAAGAGCACCAGGUGGUACAUUCCGGUGCCCGGCCCUUUGCUUGUGACCAGUGUGGCAAAGCCUUUGCCCGCCGGCCCUCCCUGCGGCUGCAUCGCAAGACCCACCAGGUGCCGGCGGCCCCGGCCCCAUGCCCGUGCCCAGUGUGUGGGCGGCCCCUGGCCAACCAGGGCUCCCUACGGAACCACAUGCGGCUCCACACAGGGGAGAAGCCCUUCCUGUGCCCACACUGCGGCCGGGCGUUCCGCCAGCGGGGCAAUCUGCGUGGGCACUUGCGGCUGCACACUGGGGAGCGCCCUUACCGCUGCCCGCACUGUGCCGAUGCCUUCCCCCAGCUGCCUGAACUGCGGCGCCACCUCAUCUCCCACACCGGGGAGGCCCACCUGUGCCCCGUGUGCGGGAAGGCCCUCCGAGACCCGCACACGCUGCGGGCUCACGAGCGCCUGCAUUCAGGGGAGAGGCCUUUCCCGUGCCCCCAGUGUGGCCGUGCUUACACGCUGGCUACCAAGCUGAGGCGCCACCUCAAGUCCCACCUGGCCGACAAGCCCUUCCGCUGCCCCACCUGUGGCAUGGGCUACACCCUCCCCCAAAGCCUCAAGCGGCACCAGCUCAGUCACCAGCCCGGGGCACCCUCCAGCCCGCCCUGUGUGCCACCUGCUGCUUCUGAGCCCACUGUGGUGCUCCUGCAGACUGAACCAGAGCUGCUGGACACUCGCAGUGGACAGGAUGGCUCCCCAGCCCAGGACGUCUUCGAGGUCACCAUUGCCGAGAGCCAGGAUAAGUGCUUUGUGGUGCCCGAAGAGCCAGGCCCCAGCGCUGGCCUGGUGCUCAUCCAUAAGGACAUGGGCUUUGGCACCUGGGCAGGAGUAGUGGAGGUGGAGACGGGCACCUGACACCCUCGCCACUCCCAGCUGAGCUCUACAUAAAGACUAGUGUUUCCGA